GGUGUAAGACAUGUGUUUACAAUUUUAGACUCCCAUCUGACCCAGCAAAGCGCAUUUUAUGGAUUUCACUGCUUGACAUUGACUGGGAGAAAACGUUGCCGAAAGUGGCACUGAUAUGCAGCAAACAUUUUCAUGAUAGGGACUUUGAAUAUGAUUCUGCUGGAAGAAGGCUUUUGAAGGAUGGUGCUGAACCAGUAGAUGUUCGCUCCAUACAUGAUGAGCAGGAGUAUGCAAGUGACACUUACUCCAUCAAAGGAAUCAAGCUCAGAAGCCCAUAGCAGUCAAGGGAGCCCUGUCAGAAAGCGAUUGAGAAUGGAAGAGUUAGCUAUUAUACCAGGGCCUUCCCAUGUGGUCUCAAGUCAUAUUCCUUUUCCUGAUGAAGCUUCUAAGAUGGUAGAGCCUCCAGAAAUUUUGCAGUCAUUCACAUCAUCCAGUACUGCAACUGCUUCUGAACAGGAGUAUCAAUUGGCAAUUAGAGGCAAUGUCACCAAACGAAAUGUCAGAACACCACGUAAAAGAAGGCUAAAACGUUAUGUUGGAGAUUUAUCAAGUGAUGACUUUUCCACUCCCAGAAAAUCAAAGUCAAAUUAUCGGUUGAUGAAAAGUUCCCUAAUGACAUUGAGGAAAAAAGUAAAAAGUCUCCAAACAAGUGUUGCUGCUUUGAGGAGAAGAAUAAAAACUCUAAGUGGCUUAUUGAAACUUUUGAAGCAGAAGAAUCACAUAACAGAUUCAGCUGAAACUGUAUUGAAGGUAAGCAGAUUGAUGAAGACUGUGUGUCCCAGAUACCCGAAUUCAUUUGAAUGGAGCAAUUGAUCAACUUUUUUUUUCAAUAUAAUAAUUUUCAUUACAACACACACACAACACUCAACUUGUAAUCUUGCUCAUUGAAAAUAAGCAUUAUCAUCUUAUCACUUUUGCACAUAUAGCUCCAUGAUUUUUUUCUUUUAAUUAU